UCCACGACCGUGUGACGUCGGUCCUUGCCUGGCCGAGCCUCAGCAUGUCACGUGGUCUCCUUCUCGUCCUCUGAUUGGCUGCGGCCUGCAGUCUGCUCUGCUCUCUGCGCCAUGUCCGAGCGCUCUGUGUCAACGGGGCCCUUGGGGGCCACGGUCAUGGCGCCCCCAGGGGGCUCCACCCUUGGGGGCGAUUUGCCAGUUACUGGGACUACCCCGACAGCUGGAGGUCCGGUCCGCAUGAACUUGUAUGCGACCUGGGAGACAGACCGAGGCAGCGCGGCCUGCGUACCCAGGCUGUUUUCCCUGACGCUACGGAAGCUUGUUAUGCUGAAGGAUCUGGAUAAAGAUUUACCAUCAGUUGUCAUUGCUGUGAAGCUGCAGGGAUCAAAGCGGAUUUUGCGCUCCAAUGAAAUCUUACUCCCAUCUACUGGCGUAUCAGAGACAGAACUACAGCUGACGUUCUUGCUGCAGUAUCCACACUUUUUAAAGAGAAAUGCAAAUCGCUUACAAAUCAUGUUGCAGCGACGAAAGAGAUACAAAAAUCGGACUAUCCUGGGGUAUAAAAGCCUGGCUGUAGGAGUUAUCAAUAUGGCAGAGGUUUUGCAGUUUCCCAGUGAAAGUGGCCUUGUCUUAUCUCUUCAUAGCCAUACCAAGGAUGUUUCUUUGCCUGUUGCUGAAAUAAAUAUCCAUUCACUCUCCAGUCAGCCAAUUGAUCAUGAGGGUCCGAAAGCCAAAUUAUCCGACCGUUCCCCAGAUAUUGAAAAUUAUUCAGAAGAUGAAGAUGAAAGCUUCUCAUCAGAACAGGAGGGAAGUGAUGACCCCCUACAUGGGCCGGAUUUUUAUUAUGAGGAUGAUGAAGUCCGAAAAGUGAAGAAGUCGCGCAGAAAGAUCCAAGCUUCAUCAGCCAUAACUAGACAACCAAAUAUAAAGCAGAAGCUUAAGUCACUUCUGAACAGAUUUAAAGUAUCAGAGGAGGUCGGAUUUAGCCUAGAUCAUGUUUCACGUGAUGAGAUUCGGGAAGAAGAUUUGGAUGAUUUAUAUGACAGUCUAGAAAUGUUUAACCCGAGUGAUAGCUGCCCAGAGUUAGAGGAAAGUGAGAGUGUCCUGAGUACUCCUAAACCAAAGCUGAGACCAUUCUUUGAGGGCGUUUCUCAGUCCAGUUCACAGACCGAAAUUGGAAGUCUGAACAGCAAAGGAAGCCAUGGAAGAGAUAUAAGCAGCCCGGGAGAUCUUUCAGCUGAUGUCAAAAUUCCCCGCCAGGACGAUUUGAUGGACACCAUAAGUCAGGAUGCAUCUUUGGAUUUCUCACAAGAUGUAGACACCCUUUCUGAAUCCAUCAGUUUCUCAGUUCCUGAAAAAUCCAAAUCUGUGAAAAGUCCAAGCGUGACACCUCAGAGUAAAAGAAGUGUGUCUGUCAAAGAAAGGUCGACUAGCAAAGGAUUGUCGGAGAGAACCCAGAGUACAGAGAGCGACAGGGCGGCAGACACAGGACAGAUCUCACAGGUUCCACGGAAGAUCUUGCUAGACCAGUUAAAUCAAAACCUCUCAGAUCAGUCUCUUCCAGAAACGGUCUUCUUUGUUCAUACCUCCGAAUGGCAAGGACAGUUUAUCUCAAGUCUUUUUCAGCAGCAGCAUAAGCCAUGUGUAUGUAUAACAUGUUCUUCCGAUGUACAGUGUGCCCUGACUGCAGUACUUAGUCGAAUACAGAGACACUGUCAUAUGGCACCAGGACCACCUCGUCCUUUAAAAGUUGUGUGUGUUGGAGGGCACACCUUUCUCAGCUUUCUGCUAGGAGCAUAUGUUACAAAUUUAGCCGGUCGAACCCCGGACUGGUUGGGGUACUUGCGCUUCCUUUUAGUUCCACUAGGGUCGCAUCCUGUAUGUAAAUAUAUAUCUUCUCUGGAUUCUCGCUAUGCAUCGUUAUUUUUUGAUUCUCCUUGGAGAGAGUUGUUCGGUAAAUCCGAGGUUCCAUCUGUAGAACCAUCAUUUGACAUCAUCGGACGUAUAAUGCAAUAUGUAAAUGGAGCCAACAACUCCCAGCAGUUACCAAUUGCAGAAGCCAUGUUAACCUGCAAGCAUAAACUGCAGGAGGAUGAUUCGUACCAGAAGUUUAUUCCAUUCAUUGGGGUGGUGAAAGUCGGACUGGUGGAGACGUCCCCCCCAAAUACUGAUGCAGAGGAUUCUGUUUCUCUCGGUGUCGGUCUCCCUUCUACUUCUCCACCCUCAUCAGCUGGGGUCCUCCGUGACAGUUCAGCAACACCCCCAUCCUCUCCAUCUUUAAGUGCCAGCCUCCAAGGAAAUGCAGGAACCACGGCAGAUGCUUUAGGAUUACAAGUUGAUUAUUGGCUAUCUUGUGACCGGAGAAAAGAGAGGGAAGGAGGAGGAAAAAACACGCUACGCAGUAUCUUCCGUUCUGUGGUUGUUUCACGUUUGCCAGGACCAGAUACACCACCUGGCAGUAUGAGUCUAAGUGUGGUGACUACUGAGUCACGAAACAAGAAAGUGCCAACAAUUUUCCUUAGUAAGAAGCCAAAGGAAAAAGAAACUGAUGCCAAAAGUCAAAUCAUAGAAGGAAUCACUAGACUUAUUUGUUCUGCUCGACAUCAACAGACCAUGCUGCGAGUCACAGUGGAUGGACGGCUCUUCAGUGACGUAAAGUUUUUCCAGGUGGCAUCUCAAUGGCCGACUCACGUCAAAAACUUUCCUGUUGGCGUUUUCAGUCCGGCAGGAAAAGCCUGAUAAUUCUUCCCUAUGGCACAGAGGAGCGAGUUACACACUCUCCAACAUUCACUGUUACACGCGCGACUCUAACUCUAGUGAACUGUGAUGCUGUAUUGUAUUUUAGUGCAUUUAGUGCUAAUAUUUACAUCACAUCUCUUUACUGGACAUGUUGGUAAUGAAACAAAGAUGUUAUCUGUUACAUUGUACCUUGUAAACAUAAGAAUACAGACCAACACUUGUUACAUACACUUAAAGGGGUAUUCUCAUUUCACAUAGUUAUCCCCAAUCCACAUGACAGGGGAUAACUAGCAGGUAAGUGGGUGUCUGAACCUGAGAAUACAGUGGUCCCUCAAGUUACAAUAUUAAUUGGUUCCGGGACGACCAUUGUAUGUUGAAACCAUUGUAUGUUGAGACCAGAACUCUAUGGAAACUUGGUAAUUGGUUCUGAAGCCACCAAAAUGUCAUCCAAAAAAUAGGAAAACGUGAGGAUUAAAGAAAAGUAAGUAGGUAACUAAUAUAGAUAAAGCAAAUCCUUACAUAUAAAAGUAAGAAAGAUCUGCUGGGAGCUGUAAAUCGCUGUCUAUGUCAGUGUUUCUUAAGCAGGGAGCCUCCAGCUGUUGCAAAACUACAACUUCCAGCAUGCCCGGACAGCCUUUGGCUGUCCGGGCAUGCUGGGAGUUGUAGUUUUGCAACAGCUGGGGGGCACCCUGCUUGGGAAACACUGGUCUAUGUAGAGGACAGGAGCUUCUUCAGGGUCCUAAAAAAGUAAAAUGGAUUCGCCCUCACCUGGUGUCCAAAGGAGCAGGUAACUCUGGUACAGGUAAAGCGUACAGAACAUGUAAUACCUCCCUGUAUUGUAGGAGGCGCUGCCAGACACCAGUCAGUGCAUGCGCUUCAGUAAUACAGGUGUUUUACCAGUGAAAUGCCCAUUCUGAUUGGUCAGUUCUUCCGGCCAUUGACAAGUUGCACAGAUCUGGACUGCCUGUACAUUGUAUGUUGAGUCUGGUUUCAACUUACAAUGGUCCAGAAAAGACCAUUGUACGUUGAAACUAUUGUAUGUUGAGGCCAUUGUAGGUUGAGGGAUCACUGUACAUAGACAGAGUGCAUUGUGCGUGUGCUGCCAAUGUUUGGAAGCCCUAUAGAGAAUACAGCUGUGCAGUGUGCCCUGUUUUUUUUUUUGUUUUUUUAAGCGGCAUUCGAGCCGGCUCUGAUCCGUUAGCUAUUCCCAACACUGUAGAAAGGGAAUUACUUUGUGAAAUGAAGAGACCUCUUUAUGAUAUUAGACAUGCCUUAGUUUUCAGGCUUCAUGACAGAUUUUAGGCCUAAAUGGCAAAAAUGUAUAAAAACAAGUUUGUGUGCUCUGCUGAUAUUGCCUUUGCACAUAAGCACUUCAUUUCAUGUAUAGUUCUGCAGAUACUUUGUCUUGUCAUUCUGCCAGGUCAUUCUGCUAUGUGCCAUUCACUUUGACUGCAGAUCUGUCUGUUCUACAGUAGUUUGACCUUUGCUUCAUAUCUACUAGUAAUCUAAUCUGCAGUGUGUCUUAUCUCUUUCCCUCUUUGCGCUCUCUCAUUUUUUAUUUUGUAUAAUGUUUUUGCACUCAUAUUUCCUUUCCUUACACUACUGUUUUGGUCUCUGGCUUGUACCAUUAAUGGGGUAUUCCAGGAAAAAAAAAUGUUUUUAUAUAUAUCAACUGGCUCCAGAAAGUUAAACA